AUGGUUAAAGCGUCGUUGAGGAAAUGUUCCCAUUGUGGGCACAAUGGAAACUGCUCCAGAACAUGCAAUGGCAAAGGGAUCAAAUUAUUUGGAGUAAAAAUCAAUGUGGUGGAAGAUGAUUAUGCAAACCGGCAAAAUGAAUCGAUUAGAAAGAGCAAAAGCAUGGGAAAUUUAGAGACAUGCAAUGGUGAAUGCAACGUGCCCGAUGAUGCUGAUGGUUAUGUCUCUGAUGGCCUCAUUCACGAGUCAUCUGGAGCCAAAACUGCCCACGAAAGAAGGAAAGGAAAGCCUUGGUCCGAGGAAGAACACCGAUCUUUCCUACUCGGAUUGGAAAAGCUUGGGAAAGGCGACUGGAAGGGAAUUUCGAAAAACUUUGUCCACAGCAGGACUCCAACUCAAGUGGCUAGCCAUGCACAAUACUUUCUCAGAUUGAUGACAGCAACCGAAAGGAAGAAACGCCGAACAAGCGUGUUCGACAUACCUCUCGACGAAAUGGCUUCAACUUCUAAACUGCCCUCUGCUUCAAACUCCCAUAAUGCUCCUAUUUCACCACAGUUUGGUGUUCGCGAUCAUGGGCAGGGGCUUCCAGCUUGCACGCCGCCGCCAAAUGUCUCAUUUCUCCCCAUCUGGAACUUCUCGAAUCAAAAGUUUGCCCCUUCUCCGACUACAGCUGCAAAAUAUACUCGUGGCCCUGCUGUAGCUCAACCACCCGCGCUGCAUUUUCGCGGUUUCCAUCAUAUAUUCCACCCUUAA